AUGGGUCAUUAUGCUGGUGGAGACAUCCAAGGGAACAUCAUGCUUGGCCUUGCCUUUGCUCCUCCUCCCAAUGCUGAGGGCAGUCGGGGGGAGGAGCCCUUGGAGCGGGGGUGGGACGGGUUUAGCCCCCUGCCCAUCGCCGCUGGGCGCGGCAAGCGAGACGCGGGCCAGGCCUGCGCUGCGCUCGGGGAUCGUUUGGUCUGGCCUGGCAGCCCAGGCCGGGUCCAGGCCGGGCGCGAGACGGAUGGAGCCGCAGCAGCAGGCGGAGGCCGCCCCGGCGGGAUCUCCCUGCACGAUUUCUGCGGGCGCGCGGGCGAGCAGCUCGUGCACUUCCACGCCAUGCGGCUGCGGGACUCGCUCUUCCUCUGGGUGGGGGCGGAGCCGGCGCUCCGCAGCCUGGCCGUGGCCAUGUGCAGCCCCCACGACUCAAUUCCAGUGUCUACAUCACUCCUGGGAGAUGCCUCUGACACCACCUCAAAUUCUCUAGCCCAGCGACUAGCCAGGAAGACCAAAAAACAGAUCUUCGUCAGCUACAAUCUUCAGAAUACAGACAGCAGUUUCAUAUUACACAUAGAGAACAGAAUCAAGGAAGAAAUGAUGGCUUUUCCAGAGAAAUUCUAACUUUGCAUCAUUGUAAGCUACUUUGUUACUUUUUUUUUUUUAAAGAAAUAAACUGACUGGGUUUCCAUAUUGACAGACAUUGAGUUAAUAUUUUGGUUUUUACAAAAUUGUUUGGACCAAACUUGAAUAGAACUUAAAGUUUGGAAGAAAUACAUUUUUUGAGUUCCUCUGCUGUGUUAGAGACGGGGUCUGUGGGAUAUGGGGAGGAAUGUUGUGAGUUAAGCAAGAUAUUGUAAACUUGUGUAUGCAUGGAGCUUGACCUACCUGGAAAUUGUAAUCAGGGGAUGGUCUCUGGAUUUUAGUUGCACAUGUAACAUACUAUGUAUCCUAAUUAGAGCAAGAGAAAACAAAUCUCUUCUAGUGCUUCUGUGAAAGCCUGGCAUGCUGUUGUGAAAAAUCAGCAAAUUAAAUAAAAGGAAGUACAUUGAUGUCA